CUAAACCCAAAGACAAUCCAGUCCUUUUUGUUGUGUCUAUUUAACUACCACCCUCUCUUUCUCUUUUUAUUUUAUCAUUAAAUCGAAUUAGGGUUUCACUUCUUCUUCUUCUUCAUCUCUCACUGUAGUUUCUGCAAAAACCAACCCGGUUUCUCUCCUCUCUUCUCAGCUUUCCCGCCAUUUUCUUCACUAGAUUUGAAUUCUAGCCGUUAGAUCUGUCAUUUUCAUAUAUUUUUUUUGAAUUUCCCAAAAAAACUUUUUUGACCGUUACUCUCGCCGGAGUGAACGGGAAAUGUCUGCUUCCGAAGGUGAGAAGAAGGUUGUGGAAGAGAACGAAGUUCCGAAAGGUGGAGAGCUUUUGUUCUGUGGUGCCACGGGUUGGGAUACCGUUGGUCGUCGGAAAGGUCCGCCUGAGGGGAACUUGGUCUCUCCGUCGCGGUUAAGGCCUCUCGUUGGGAUUGAUAUUCGUUACGUUGCUUCUGGUUGCGCGUCUUGUCAUUGUUUGGCAUUGGAUGUUGAAGGGAGAUGCUAUACAUGGGGACGUAAUGAUAAAGGGCAACUGGGUCAUGGAGAUACUAUUCAGCGUGAUAGGCCAACUGUGGUGUCUGCACUUUCAAAAUACAAAAUUGUUCAAGCUGGAUCUGGGAAGAGCCAUACAGUGGUAGUUACAGAUGAUGGAAAUUCCCUAGCAUUUGGAUGGAACAAACAUGGACAGCUAGGUUCGGGUUCUGUAAAAAAUGAAAUUGAAUCAUCUCCCAUUCGCUGUGUUGUUUCUGAAGUUAAAUAUGCUACAUGCGGUGCCGACUUUUCUGUCUGGUUAUCUUCAGUUGAAGGAGCUUCUAUACUGACUGCUGGGCUUCCACAGUAUGGGCAGCUUGGGCAUGGGACAGAUAAUGAGUAUAAUAUGAAAGAAAGCUCUGUGAAAUUAGUUUAUGAACCACAGCCACGCCCUCGAGCCAUAGCUUCCCUUGCAGGUGAAACUAUUGUCAAGGUGGCAUGUGGAUCGAAUCACACAGUGGCUGUGGACAAGAAUGGCUUUGUCUACACGUGGGGUUAUGGUGGUUACGGAAGGCUAGGACAUAGAGAGCAGAAGGAUGAAUUUGCUCCACGUCGUAUUGACAUUUUCACAAAUAGAAAUGUUUUACCUCCUGAUGCCAUUAUUUCAGCAGGUUCUAUGAAUUCUGCUUGUACUGCAGCUGGAGGGCAGUUGUACAUGUGGGGCAAAAUAAAGAACACAGGUGAUGACUGGAUGUACCCGAAGCCUCUAAUGGACUUAAGUGGUUGGAAUAUACGAUGCAUGGAUUCAGGGGGUAUGCACCAUUUUGUUGGGGCUGAUUCCUCGUGCAUAAGUUGGGGUCAUGCUCAGAAUGGAGAGCUGGGAUACGGACCUGCUGGACAGAAGUCUUCAGCUGUACCCAAAAAGGUGGAUUUACUUGAGGGUAUGCAUGUCAUGAGUGUUGCUUGUGGUUUGGGUCAUUCCAUGGUUGUGGUUGACAGAGCAAAUGUUGCUGAAAGACUUGACCAGCUUGAUACACAUGACGGCAAAGCUGUUGGUGAAGGUACUGAGCCUGUAAGUAAAACUCCAGUCCCUAAGAAGGCUGCUGCUCCUAAAAAGGGUGCAAAGAAAGCUGACAACUCAAAGAAGAGGAAAAAAGCAAAAGAUUCAUCUGACUCUGAAGAAGAGGAAGAACAGGCUGAAGAAAGUGACAAUAGCGAUGAUGAAGUUAAUGGGGAGGCCGAGGUUAAGAAAUCACGUGCUGGUAAAAAUUCUGGGAAGGGCCGAGGUAAGGCAUCCAAAACGUCAGAGUCUGAGAGCAAAGGUUCUGGCCGAGGGCGCGGUCGCGCUCCUGCAAAUAAAAGCAGUUCUAAAUCUUCUCCGGUGAAGUCAUCUGGUAAGAGAGGAAGACCCAAAAAGGCAUGAUCUGGUGUUUUGUUGGAAGUUUUGUUCUCUAUUCUUGGAGAAUCAGAGUAACUCAAUGCGGCACUACUAACUAUUUAUUGCAAUUAUUUUUCAAAAACAUUUUAAUUAGAAACCUUUUUCAGAGAAUGUAGAGGCAAAAGUGCCUGCUUGUUUUGAACUCUUUCUUUUGUGAAGGGAGGUAUUUAGUAUGCCUUCUUCAGUUUCCAUCAGCUUAGACAUUGAUCUGCUGGGAUGGUGAUUUGGUGAGAUGUUUAUUGAUGAUUCUUGAGGCCAAUUAUGUUUUUAAUUUUUAAUCCCUGAUGUAUAAUAUUCUUAAUUUUAAUUAUCUCAACCAAAAUUUCAAUUA